AUGGACCGCAACGGUUACUUCUUCUACGUAACGUCAACCGCGAAAAAAAAGAAAAUCAGCUUAAUGCAACCAAAGCCACCGCGCGUGGCUUUCACUGAAGAAAAACGUCGUCCGGGGGUUGCUGAGAGAAUCCACAGUAGUGUGGCUCCAGCCGCCGCUGAGUACGGACGAGGGGACCUCAUGUCGCAGCGGGUCUCAAACGAGGCGCCACGCGCGCGCUUACACACGCAACUUGAAAGUUAUCAACCGAGGUAUCAUACGAUCCGUGAAAACAGUGAUAAGAGAGUGGAAAGUGACAACAGGAGGAAGAAACGUGAUACAAGGAUUUCUGGAUAUCCUCAGGCUGUUCAAAGGUGA